GAUAACUAUCUUAGUUAAUCAGACGCUCAAUUACUUUGAAAUUUAAUUUUAAACGGUGCGGACGGUGAAACUACCCUGUCCAACUGAUUUUGAUAAAUACCAACAAAGCAAUUUAUGAAUGUAACUCGUUUGACUUGCGCUUAGGAGUAACUGUUGUGAAGAAGUUCAGUACAAAAUGCAUUCCAAAUGUAUCUUUCUGUUGAUUUUGCUUGGAGGGAUUGAGGUAGAAAUUUGUGCAACGUUUAGACUGCCUUCAAGAUCAAGUCUAUUCCAAAACAUACGUACAAUUCAAAGGCCAAAGCCAAGUAUUAUUCCAGUCAGAAUCAAGCCAACGCUUAGUAUUAUGACUCAGGCAACACAAUUUUUUCUUGUCCUCGGUUCUGCUGCAGGUCUCGGAAAAUAUCCGUAUGCUGUAUAUAUUGAAAUGGGAAACGGAGUGGAUAGAUGCGGUGGAUCUCUACUAUCAAGAGACUGGGUUUUGACAGCGGCUCAUUGCGUGGACGGGAGUUACUCGCCAACUAAGAUAAUAAUUGGUUCUAAUUAUAAUGAUGGUUCUGAUCCAAAUGCUGUUACCAGGACAAUGAAACAAAAGUGCUGCCAUAAAGACUAUAACUCAUUAACAAAGGCAAAUGACAUAUGCUUGAUAAAGUUAUCUUCGCCAGUGAUAUACAGCUCUAGAAUUCAAAAAGCUACACUACCACAAGCAAACACCAAAGCACCUGACGACAAAGUGUGUACCGUAGUGGGAUGGGGCUUGAGCGAAAAUUUCAAACUUCUUCCUGGAUUGCAGGAGGCGGAUGUAUACAUAAUUAACCAACGUCAAUGCAAAACUUGGUAUGCGGAAGAGUCUGUCACUAUUCCAGAUCAUCAUUUUUGUGCAGGACACGUUGGCGGUGGCCCCGACACGUGCGGAGGCGACAGUGGUGGCCCAUUAGUGACAAAGGAAAAUGGAGUCUACGUAUUGCGGGGAAUUACAAGUUUUGGUCCCAUAGACUGCGGAAAGGCAAAACGGCCUGGCGUAUAUACAAGAGUCAGCAGUUACGUAUCAUGGAUCACAAGCAAAAUGAUUCAACCCUGUACAGGAAAGUUGCAAUAUAGUUGGAGUUCAUGGGAUGUAUCCUGUACAGUUACUUGCGGGGCGGGUCACGAGACAAAAGCACGAAAAUGUCGAGAUUCUUCGGGCCUGAUAGUGCAUCCGAGUAACUGCGAAGGUUCACAAUUUGAGACUGGUCUUUGUCAUCUUCCUGAUUGUUCAGAAGUGUACAGUUGGAGUGGUUGGGAUGUGUCCUGUACUGUUACAUGCGGAAAAGGCCACGAAACAAAACAACGGAAAUGCCAGAAUGCUGCUGGAGCUAUAGUUCACCCGAGCAACUGCAUAGGUUCGCAGUUUGAGACUGGUUCUUGUCACCUUCCAGAUUGCCCCAAAGAAUACAGUUGGAGUCCAUGGGAUGUGUCCUGCACCGUUACUUGUGGGAGAGGUCACCAGACAAAAUCGCGUAAAUGUCAAACUCCCAAAGGAAAAAUUGUUCACCCAAGUAAUUGCAUUGGAUCUCAAUUUGACACUGGUUUCUGUCAUUUUCCGGAUUGUCCAAAAGAAUUCAGCUGGGGUCCUUGGGAUGUAUCUUGCACUGUUACCUGCGGGAAAGGUCACGAGACGAAAGCGCGAACUUGCUACAAUUCUGUGGGCGCUGUAGUUCACUCAACAAACUGCAUAGGUUCGCAAUUUGAGACAGGAAACUGUUAUUUUCCGGAUUGUCCCAAAGGAGACGGUACCUACAGAUGGGGCGAAUGGAGAGAUUGGUCUCGAUGUCGAGUGAGAAAUAACUGUAAAGGAUUCCGCUCAUCUAUUAGAUAUUGUUAUAUUGGAGAAAAUGACGUGGAACCUAGUCUUUGCAUAAGCAACAUUGGAGGAGAUUACUAUCGGGAAGAAUCGUGCCAAUAUUCAAACUGCUGAACACGUUAUAUAUCAUGGAUGGACGCUGCUCAAAAAUUACCCCACGCCCAAAAUCCGAACAUUUUUGUCCUUCUCCGCAUCUCAUCAAAUUUCCGUAUUUGUCGUAAAUGAGUUCAUUAAAAUAUUGUACUAAUAUAAAACAAAGUUUAUA